AUGGCCACCGUUUCUAGAAUGCCUGUUCCAGUCAGGCGCACCGACUCUGACGUUUCUCCCAAAACCAUUAUACCACCACAAGACUCACCUCGGGGUGAUACAAAGGCCGACUAUUUCCCAGACUCAAACACAGUCGAUGGAUCCAAUACUAGUGUUAGGGCCAGCGACGAUGAUUCCUCUGCGCACAAGUCGAGCAUCUCAUUUGCACCCGAUCCACGACCCGAUCGCAGCUCAAGCCGCGAGAGCAAUCAAAAGUCAACACAGAACCAAGACACGAUGGUCCAAAGGAAGUCCUCUACUGGCUCUGUUUCCUUUCGCCGAAUGACCAAUCCCAAAUUGCCACAGGGAAUGCCUCAGCAAAUGAGCAAUAGUCGCAUACGUGCAAGCUCUCCUGAUCAUAAAAGGUUCCAGAAACAUGUCGCAUUCGACAAUGUUCCAACCGGCGAACCGACCAAGAAUAAUGCCAUUUCGUUCACGCUCAAUGUUCGACACAUGGGAUACCAAGCUAGGCGCAGAUCCCGGUGCUUCAUGGUUGGAGUGGACGAGCAUGCUUACUCUGAUUAUGCCUUGCAGUGGUUGCUGGAAGAGCUUGUCGAUGACGGCGACGAAGUUGUGUGCGUACGCGUAGUCGAGAAGGACAUGCGUUACUCGAAUAGGGAAUACCGGGAAGAUGCUCAAAAGGUCAUGCGGGGCAUUCUUGACCGUAAUGGCAAUAACAGGGCCAUCAACAUUGUUCUGGAAUACGCCGUUGGCAAAUUGCAUACAACCUUCCAAGUUCUGAUCCAGAUGUACCAGCCUGCAAUGCUCAUUGUGGGAACCAGGGGACGUACGCUUGGUGGUCUACAAGGGCUCGUCAACACGCGCAAUUCAUUUUCCAAGUACUGCCUCCAAUACUCACCUGUGCCUGUGGUUGUGGUUCGGCCUACAGAGAAGCGCGUUAAGAAAAAGUCUAAGAGGGCCAACGACUCUUCACGACAGACUUAUGUGAGCAUGCUGGCCGCGACUUCUGGAAAGCACGAAGCCGAUAGUGAGGCAAGCAGCACUUACGAACUCGAGAUUCAAAACUCUCCAGAUGAAGAAGCUCAUCAAGUCGCACGCGCCUUGGGGUUGCCUGCAUCUUUUGAUCCUACGAUCAAGCCAUUCAACCAUGGCCAGGCGCUUAACGUCAAAUCACAAGGCCCUGCCACUGCCAGCUCACCCGGGGAGGCGACAGAGAACCGGCGAUUGGUCAAGGAUGAUGCCAGUGCUGCUGGAGAAAGCGAUGAUGAUGAUGAUGACGACGAAAGCGACAACGACUCUGGGGAAUUUGAGGUUGUUAGUGGGCAACAAGCUCUGGAUCAGGAGAAGCUGAAACAGCUCCACAAGAUGGAGGUCGGUGAAGCAGAGGCGUUGAAGAAGAAGGUGGACGACGAUUUAGACGAUGAAGACGACACCCCGUCGGCCCAGAAAGGGACAGACAAUAAGCAGGGUGUAAGUGGGGAUGAAGGUCUCGAAUACGCCGACAAAGAUUCACACCAGCAAGUCAAGCAAUCAACUACUCAGCCUCCUCGGGAGAGGGUCUCCAGGAUACCCAUUUUGUGUAACUCCCCCCGCGUUACGCCAAACAGGUUCGAAGACGCAGGAAAGGUUAGCCAGCUGUCGAGAAUUGAUAAGGAUGGAAUCGAAUUGCAGCAGGUAGACGGUUGCCAAGACCACGCGACCGGUCCUCCUGAGAGUAACCGGUUACGAGAUAUCGAUUCUCCCGAGCACAGUCCUGAAAUGGACAGAGGUCUUAUGGAAUCGGAGACGGCGAGUGGUGUGAUAAAGGACUUUGACGUUGAAGAUGGGGUCAUAGAUGAAUCUUCCGGUGAGAAUAACGAUACAACGAACAACUCACUGGGAAAUGAGAAUCGUCUUUCAGCAUACACGCCGGUAUGGGAACAAAGGUCCAGCAUGGAUUUGGAGGCACAAGAUCAACCUGGCCGCGUACCUAGAGGUGGAAGUGGAGGUGAAUGGAACAAUGAAAACAACGCCAAUGGCAAUGCUGAUGGCGAUAGGUCGAUGAGCCUCGCAGCAUGCACCUGCGAUGGAUUUUUGGAAGUCAUAGUUAAUUGUAUCCUAGAAUGUUUCGGAUUUUUCUGA